AACCGAUCAAAUGGCCAACUGCAGAUUUCUGGCGGAGGUUUUGGGACCUUCUCUCCUUCUUAAAUCCCAACUAAUUAACGAUGCUCCCGCGCCUUCGAUUGCACGUGGGAAUCCUCGAUCCUCCUCCCCACAGCCAGGAGGAAGAAAGCCAGCGAAUACCAGCAGCACCCACAAACUAAGAAGCAGAAGCGGGCGAGGUCUUCUUUCGUUCGAUCUGUGAGAGGAGGGGGAGAGGAGAAGAUGGCGUCGAUGCUGAGGAGGAGGAAGGCGGCGGAGAAGUUAGAGACGCCGACGGAGGAAGAGGCGAGGAAGGAGGACGGGCAGGAGGACGCUAAGGGGAGGAAGGAGAAGGAGAGGGAGAGGGCGAAGAAGAAGGCUGAGUGGUCGUGCAUCAACAGUUGCUGCUGGUUCAUCGGCGUCAUCUGCUGCGUCUGGUGGUUCCUCCUCUUCCUCUACAACGCCAUGCCCGCCUCCUUUCCCCAGUACGUCACCGAGGCAAUCACCGGCCCCAUGCCCGACCCUCCCGGCGUCAAACUGCAGAAGGAAGGGCUCGUGGCGCGGCACCCGGUCGUCUUCGUCCCCGGAAUCGUCACCGGUGGGCUCGAGCUCUGGGAGGGUCACCCUUGUGCUGACGGUCUCUUCCGCAAGCGGCUCUGGGGCGGCACCUUCGGCGAGGUUUACAAGAGGCCUUUAUGCUGGGUGGAGCACAUGUCUUUGGAUAAUGAAACUGGGUUGGACAAAUCUGGUAUUAGAGUGAGGCCAGUUACUGGGCUUGUUGCGGCAGAUUAUUUUGCGCCGGGUUACUUUGUCUGGGCUGUGCUAAUUGCAAAUUUGGCCCGUAUUGGGUAUGAGGAGAAAACCAUGUACAUGGCUGCAUAUGACUGGAGACUUGCCUUUCAGAACACUGAGGUCCGUGAUCAAACACUUAGUCGAAUUAAAAGCAAUAUUGAACUCAUGGUUGCCACAAAUGGUGGCAAAAAGGUGGUGGUUAUUCCUCACUCAAUGGGUGUUCUAUAUUUCCUUCAUUUUAUGAAGUGGGUUGAAGCACCUGCUCCAAUGGGUGGAGGAGGUGGCUCUGAUUGGUGUGCAAAGCAUAUAAAGGCCAUUGUGAACAUUGGUGGACCAUUUCUGGGUGUCCCAAAAGCAAUUGCUGGGCUUUUCUCUGCUGAGGCUAAGGAUGUUGCUGUGGCCAGGGCAAUUGCACCUGGUGUGCUUGAUUCUGAGUUGUUCGGCUUGCAAACCUUACAGCAUGUGAUGAGAAUGACGCGUACAUGGGAUUCAACCAUGUCAAUGAUACCAAAAGGUGGUGACACCAUUUGGGGAGACCUGGACUGGUCACCUGAGGAUGGCUAUGACUGUAACCAAAGAAAAGCAAAAAAUGGCGAUGUGAUGAACGAUACAGACAGCCUAAUCUCCAAAACCAAGGUGCACUAUGGAAGGAUUGUUUCUUUUGGAAAGGAUGUGGCUGAGGCACCCUCUUCCAACAUUGAGAGGAAGGGUUUUAAGGAUGCUGUCAAGGAUAAGCUACUAUCUUCAAAUUCGUCCUGUUCUAGUGAUGUAUGGACAGAAUAUCAUGAAAUGAACUGGGCUAGCAUUGAAUCGGUUGCUGACUACAAGGUGUACACAGCUGGAACACUUUUAGACCUGCUUCAGUAUGUUGCUCCAAAAAUGAUGCAACGUGGCGGAACUCAUUUUUCAUUUGGGAUUGCAGACAAUUUGGAUGACCCUAAGUAUAAUCACUACAAGUAUUGGUCAAACCCUUUGGAAACAAAGUUACCGGAUGCUCCUGAGAUGGAGAUUUAUUCUAUGUAUGGAGUUGGUAUUCCUACUGAAAGAUCAUAUGUUUAUAAACUUUCCCACUCAUCAGACACAUGCUUCAUCCCUUUCCAGAUCGACACUUCAGCUGAUGACAGAGAACCUGGGAGUUGUUUGAAAGGCGGUGUCUUUUCAGUUGAUGGGGACGAAACAGUACCUGUCUUGAGCUCGGGCUUUAUGUGUGCAAAAGCUUGGCGUGGAAAAACAAGAUUCAAUCCUUCAGGCAUCAAGACCUAUGUGAGAGAGUACGAUCAUGCUCCUCCUGCAAACCUUUUGGAAGGCCGUGGAACUCAGAGUGGUGCUCAUGUUGAUAUAAUGGGAAACUUUCAAUUGAUUGAGGAUAUUAUAAGAGUGGCAGCAGGAGCUACGGGGGAAGAGCUGGGUGGUGAUCAAGUUUAUUCUGAUAUCUUUAGAUGGUCUGAAAAGAUCAAGCUGAAGCUGUAAUAGAAACCCUGGGCAUGUGUAGGCACCGGUAAGCUAUUAGCUGGUUUCAAGGCUCACAUAAGAUUUGCUGCUCCAGGAGCAAUUUGGUGGCAUGUCGCAGACAUGCUAACGCAUAGAAAGUGUUAUCCAAUGUAAGUUUGUGGCCUCUAAAGGUUAGUUCGUGGAGUAGUGCUGAAAAAUCUCAAUGUAGUCCAUUAUUGUCACCAAUUUUUAUGAUUUUUUUUAAAAUUCUUUGAAGCAACUAGAUUUAAACCCCUGUAUCUAAUGCAAAAAGGGUUACAUGCCUAUACUACUACUGGGUCCUACCGGAAGUUUCUAGCUUUUGCAGAGCUCCUUUUCAGCUUAUAAGUAGUGGAGAUGCCGCACUAAUUAUGGUUAAACAGAAGGGAAAAUAUCUAGCGUCAUUGCUUCCACAUACUAUGUACUUGGCUGGUGGAGCUGCCAGAACUUUUCACUUUCAUUGAACAACAAUUUGCUUGUCGUGUAAGUUAUUGAAUUUUAAAUCAGAUUGGCUUGCUUCUCCUUUCUGAAA